AUGGCCUCGCACCUGGAGCUGCGCUUUGAGGAGGACCCGCAGCUGACGGAGGUGAUGCGUCUGCGGGUGCAGUCACUGCAGCAGCGCGGGCAGAAGCGGCAGGACGGCGAGCGACUCCUGCGGCCCCAGGAAUCUGUGUACCGCCUGGACUUUCCCGAGCAGAAGCUGCGCUUCGCGCGCUGGGGGGUGCGGCUGUUGGCUCCGGGCCGCCUCAGUGUGGUGGGCACCUCGCAGCACUGGACGCCGGACCUGACUCCGCUCAUGACGCGGCAGCUGCUGGAGCCCGUCGGCCUGUUCUGGCGCAGCCCUGGCGAUGCCGACGGCGCCGCGGUGAAGUGCUUUGAGGCCGACACCCAGGAGUUCGGCGAGCGGAUCGCGGAGCUCGCCAAGAUCCGCAGGGUCAUGUUCUUCCUGUUCGGGUUCGAGGACGGCGCCGACCCCACCAACAUCGACUGCUCCAUAACCUUCAAAGUGCUCCAGUAG